AUGGAAGGCGCACCAGCACGGCGACUAGCAGCUGCCGUGGAAGCUAUACGACGUCUAUGGAAGCCGGAACUGCUGACAAACCCCACACCUGUCAAGAAACGGACCAGCAAGAACAAUGCGACGCUGUUCCAAUUGCUUCUGAACACGCUGAUUGUAUACAGUGGCAGUCAAAUAAAUGGCUCGAGUAUAGGUGCUGCAAGUGGUGGAACAGUCGGCAUGGGCGUCUCGCUCUCCUCCUCGAACGUUUCGCUCUCCUCAUCGAACGUCGCCACGUCCGAGUGCGUACACCGCCUCGUGUGUGAGUUACUAGUGCGUUCCUUUGACUUUUCAGUGGUGUCAAAAAUCAACGAGCGACUAUCGGCUAGAAAUUCAUCGUUAUUUGUGAAAGUGUCACUGGUUAUGGUGGUAUGUCGGCUACCAGUACAAGAGGCAUUGCAGUUCCUGGCCGAUGCCGUUCCUCUCACGAACAAGAUCAUUCGGACUGCAGACUAUUAUAUGAAGCAAUGUCUAAUUGAAAGUAUAGCACAUGCACUAGGUGGCGAUUCGGCGAGAUUAGUGCUGUUCCAUACUGAUGCGCUGAAGAUCGUGAAUAAGACAUUUCAAGAUAAAACACCUGAGAUUAGGAUUGCAGCUGCAAAGUUGUUGCAGGUGAUGGUAGAACGAACGUCGACGGUGACGACUUCAUCGUCCAGUGCCGGGACUGGAGCACCUGGAGGAGGUCCAGGAAGUGGAAGUGGCAAUGGAAGCGGUGGUGGCGGAGUUAAUGGCAGUGGAUCUGCGGCUGGAGCAAGUGGUGGAGGUAACAGUGCCAGCAUACACGGUGUGUUUCUUGAUGCGAUCUUUCAACUCGCAGUCAAGGGUAUGGACGAUGCUGCACCCGAAGCGAGGAGAGCGUACUCGGUGGUGGUGGGUGUUAUUCUUGCUAAAUACGCGACGUCUUCAUCAGGAGAAGGAGAAAUGCAUCCGGCUGGGAGUGAUAUGAAUGGAGCAAACGCAGCAUCGUUGAGAAGCAACGACGAGGAAGCUGGUGGAAAGGGCUCCGUCGAACAGGGUACCCUUCCAGCCAGUGGAAGUGGAGCUGCAAAAUUAAAGUCAGGGUUUAAAUUGCACGUUCCUGGGGUGACAACACUCAACUUGCCGUCUUCACUUUCUCGUCGAAAAGCAUCUGUGGUCAAUUUCUCGACCAUUGAAAACGUGGUUCUUUACUUCAAGGACAUGUUGAUCAGCAAAUAUCUAUCAAGUAAUCCAAACCCGAAUUAUGGAGGCAUUUUGGCAUCGUUCUCUAUUGCUCUGUGCAGCAUGUUUGAGCGCCUUCCACCUGACUUAAUUGCUGAGGCACAGCUUCGCGAGGUCAUGGAUGCCGUUCUUUCCAUCCUUGACCAUCCUUUGGCUCUUGGAGAUAUGACUCGAGCGCGUAACGCUGUGGGCUUUGUGUUGCGGUAUGGAUUAAGUGGAUGUCUCACAGAGCGCCAGCAAGAGGCGUUGCUAGGCGUCUAUCUACACAGACUUCAAAGCAAAGCUCAAGCCCCAGGGCCAAACCACCACAAGCUGUUGUCGACCUUAGUUGAGAUGAGCCAUCUGUUUCAUUCAAUGGGUGAGGCUUCUCUAACUCAUGCGCUUGACGCCAGCGACGUACUUCAAGGUCUAAUUUGCCACGAAAAGCAAAGUGUUCGUUUUCAAGCCGCUGUCGCGCUUGCAUCACUCGUCACUGCAAUUCCAUACCGACUAAAAAGCGUGCUAACGAGUUGCCUUCACGGACUCCGGGACACUGCUGGAAAUUUGAUGCGCGGAGGCUCAGAUGUCAAGAGUGCGAGAAAGUCAGGGUCGGCUAAGAAGGCAGAGAAUGGUCAAAGUGAAGGAAGGGAGAUGCAAAGUAAGUCUAACCUGUAUGCCAUUCAAGGUAGAUCCGUGGCCAUUGCCCACAUUCUUCGUGCCUAUACGCUUACCGCCAAAGGCGGCAUCUCUCAAACGAUCAUGGACGAAAUCUAUGUCAUAUCCGAGGAACUUGUCGAAAGCCAGUUUCUUAAUGAAUGCGCAGAUAGCGUUUGGCUCACAUGCACGCGUGCCGGUUGGACGCUAGUGGGAAGUCUUGUGACCAUGAAUGGCGAGCAGUGGCUAAAGGCCAAUUUAGAGAAGCUAUUAAGUUUAUGGCUCAAGUCGAGUGUUUUGCACAGUCGCGAAACAUCUCUUGAGCUUUUGCGCAUUGAAGCUGCUGUGAUUGCGCUUAGCAGUUUUUUGUCGAACUGCCUGAAGCUUGCAAUGGACUGCGAUAACGAUAUUAACAUUCUUGCAAAUCAUGUGCUGCAUGUUUAUUUGACGGCAACGCAAAACACACUGAGCAAACCUCUCAAGCGUCGCGGUGAAAUCGCACGGUACCGUCUAAUGGGGUGGAUCAUGAACUGCUUUUCGAUGCUCCCACCGAUUUACAGUGAUUCGUACAUCACACUUCUAGAUAUGGUUGCUGAGUUUACCACAGCUCAGGCGUUGACCAACCUUCGGCAUUCCUCGCUAGUACCAGCAAAAUCCACUUAUCUGCAAAGUGUUUUGUCUCCAGAGGACGAUACGCUUGACAUUGUAACUCUCUCUCGAUUGGAACCAGGGGAUUGCCCAUCCCCGCUGUACUCAAGGGAGCUGAAUCACGUGCUUGGUUUGCAGCAGCGUGAAAACGCUCUAACAGAUACUGAGCUUGAGGUGCAAUAUCUAGACACAUUUUGGCGAUCAUUGACUGAGAAAGAAUUUACCGUUGAUGCUACGAAAAAAGUAUGCUGUAGCCCAUUUACUUACGUUCGGCUCGUGGACGUAAGUGUGAUUCUUUUUGGUCGCCUUUUCCACUUCAUCCCAGAGGAUCUACAGCUGCGAUGUCUCCAGCACUAUGCAGGAGCCCUGACCGAUGUUCGUGCCGAUUGCACAGUCAAUGUGUGCUCGCUAUUAUUUGCUGUGAUUGCCGAAGCGAGACGCCUUGAAAAAUCUGGCGCCGCACUAACUUCACUUACGUCGCUGUCAGCAACAUCAUGGCCACUUCAGAUGCAAACUAUGCUAUGUGAAAUGAUUUCAAGCGAACACGCAGAAGUCCGUCGUGGUGCAGGCGAAGCAUUGGGAAUGCUAGCGUUGCUUAUUGGGGAAGACUACUGCAAGGGGUUGGUUAUUGAGCUGGAGAAACGCUUGGUGGUUGAUAGAUUUCCACAAGGGGCAUCUAGCGCUACAUUUGGCUCCAGCAUUGAGCUGGACGUAUCCAUCCUAUCAGCUGGAGCAGCUUUUUCGUUGGCCUGCAUUAAACGCAUUUGUGGCUCUCGCAUUUCUAUUGACACAGGUCUUAUUCUUCGGAUUGCUGGUGAAUGUUCCCAACCGUUGCGCACGUGGAUCUUACAUUCAUGGGGCAGUAUCUUGGAGUCCGUCAACUCUACUGGAGGCGACUACGAGCAGUAUGUUAUUUCAACGUUCUCAUUAAUAGAAAUCCACGUAUUGGCAGGUUUUGCAUAUUCGGAGAUAAACAAGCGUGGGAUAAGGUGGCAAAUUAGCACAAAAGUGGCGCUAGGGCGGAUUAUUAACGAUGUAGUGGCAACGCUUGGUCCAGAGCUUGGUGCUUCGAGUGAUCGUGUAGACCAAUUUUACUCGUUUUGGAUGCUUCUUCGUCAAGAUGGUGACGCACGGGUUGAGUUGGAGUUUUUGCGGUUUCUAGAGCAAGUGGUCGUAUUUGCACCAAAUCGCUUUCAAUCUGCAGAUAUGAGAUACAUAUUGCGCAUCAUAUCCGAUACUGCUUUUUUAAGCACCGCCACCCUGUUAUCGGUAGCGACACAACAGAGCACAGGGCACUUAGUUUUGUCAUCACCAUCAGGUCUCAGUCACUCCCCGAGUUUUGGAGCCUUUGGAGAGUCACAUGAGCAAAAUGGUCUUGUCAAUGUAGGUGUUUUUACAAACGGGCAAAGCCGGAGUAUUCUGCAAAAUGUCGGGCUGUCAUGCAUUCGAACACUUGCAGAAAGAAACCCGACAUUGAUUCGUCACCACAACCUGUUUUGUCUUUUGUUUUCAGCUCUUCACGUAGAGUACAAGGAGCUUCUGUGGGGUUACAUGCCUGGGCUGCAUGGCAUGUGGGACGUUCUCUCCUUCGUUUUUGUUAGAUCCUCAACCAUGCAAUGGAAUAGUAUUCGUAUGCUGCAGAGCACAGCACUGGCGCUACUCGAUGUUGAAGGCAGAGACCAUGAAGGUGCAAAACUGUGCUUGUGGGCGGUGUUGUGUCGUAGUAUUGCCAUUGGAGAAUCUGCUAGUACAUGUUCUGGUGCGGAGCAGCUUAUGAUGAGCCCGAAAGGAAUGAAUUUCAUGCCGCAGAUUCCAGUAAAUGUCGAAGCGUCAGAGGAUGUGGACACAUCGGUUUGGUCACCAAAUCGGGUAGUUUUGGAUGUACCCAAUACUGAUGCAAACUCACUCGUAUCUGCGGCUGUUGUCCAAAUGGGCAUGUGGCGGGCAACAAAGGCAAGCGCGGGUGAUCUUAUUGCUUUGAUGCCACCGCUUUCCCGUCAAGUACGCCAUUUUGCGGUCGAGUGCGUGUUACGUGUGUUUGAGCUGAUGGCGGCAAUCUCGCCUCUGACGAUUGGCGCGUGUCAGAAUAAGCAACUGCAUUUUGACCUCAUUGCCGCACGCCGCUAUAUCUGUGAGAUGUCUGGUGAAGCAGAGCUGCCAGUUUCCGCCAAGUGUGAGAUCGGAAAUUUCUUGUGUAUGUAUUUGGACGAGUUUGUUACCCUCGCUUGCCAAGUCACUACAACUUCGGCAGAAGGGGAAGAGCCACUUCUGUUCCAAUGCCUGGGUCUUCGUCUGCUGAACAUGCUGGUAAAAAACUUUGCGUCUGCUCGUGAUCCCGAAGUGGCAACGGGCGAUGCUUAUUUAUUAGACCCGUACCGUGCCCAACUUUUGUCUGCUGUCCGUCAUGCUCUCAGGCAAGUUCAAGUGGAGCGUACAUUAGCGACCCCUAAUAUGACUAGUAAGGAAAGCGAUACUGGUGGCGAAAGCUAUUUUUACGCGCCACUACUUCUCGAAGCUCAUGGUCUUGCAAGUGCCUGCAUUUCUGCUCAUCUAAUACAAGACAUGGUGGGGUUGGGGCGCAUUUUGAAAGCAAUUGUAACUCAAGAUUAUGGCCACGCGCAUUUUAUUGGAGAUGAACUUGCCCGUACUUCUCUUUCGCUUGCCAACUUGGCAUCUGUCGGAGAACUCUUGACAUUAAGUGUUACGGAAGCAAUUGUUUCAAAAGAUGCGCACGAUGAUGAAUGUAGAGCUAUCGAAACAUCUCCACUUGUCAAAGCGAUGACAAAGGGAUUAUCGGGAACCUUGGAGUAUUUGAUUAAAUGCUGGAUGGACUCUACCUUUGGAUACGGUAUUGUAAUGCAAGGUUGUGCACACUGGGCGCAGUUGGGCGCAUCUUCAAGUGCUAUAUUGCUAACUGAGAAAGUCAUAGUAAUGCCAGCUUUACAAAUUCCGUUACCACCGAUAGGUGCUGCUGUAUAUGCUCCAGCGUCUGCUGUGUCAACCUCCAAAGAAUUCCGCGCGCUUUAUAAGCGGUACUGGCCGAAGAUCGUCAAUGCAAUGGCUGUUUUAGAGGUUUUUCUGCCGAAGUUGAUUUCUACAUGCAGUUUCUCGGAAGUCAACAUCCUACAAUGGUCGUCGGUGCUGUUGUCUACUGCAAUUUUACACGUCAAUGCGAACGCUCGCGACCGAACGGAAGACGAAGGGGAGCUACGUGCUGUACUUUGUAGUAUUCCACUGCUACUGAGAGCUAUAGUGGAAAAUUCACCAAAAUUAAGUGGCUCUUCAUCCAGCAAUUUUCCGAUGCUUUUAACAACUGCACUGGACACCCUCGUGGUUGCAAGUAAGCGAUGUUCCGGUCCUGCUCAAAUCGCGGCGUUAAGUGCGAUAUUCUCGUGCUUAUCGCGUGAAAAUUUAGCUUUUGCUAGAAAAAUCUGUUGCUUCCAUGAGGAUGGACAGCAGAUCGGUGCAACACUUUUCGAUACCGUGGUGGCUGCUGGGUUGUGUCCUAUUGAAGUUGUUUGUCAACUUUGCAAUGCAACCAAGCAGGCUCGGCAUGCUCGUGCAGUAACAGUAAACGUGGAAAGCAGAACCUUGGGAUGCUGCAGCUUCGUUGCGAGUGGCGCGGAUGCUAAGUACAUGACUGAAAUCAUGCAGUUUGCUACAACUGGUAUUGUUCUUCUACACACGACCGAAGAAGUGCGAAGUGAAGUGGUGCGCUCAGUGGCUAUGGUGCAGCAGAUCAUUUGCUCUGUUGCUAGUGGUCACCAUUCUUCCUCUGUAAAAGAAGCUGUGGUGACGCUUAGUCGUGCAUCUGCCCAGUCAGUGUUGGCACUGGCACGCACGCUUGAAGAGAAUGACAAUUUGCCUGAUAAUGACUUAAACCGCGUCAACGCGAGUGUACGCAAUUGCUUCGAAUUUCUUUCCGAGUGGCUCAAGGUCAAUGCUCGCAUUGCUCCAUGUUUUUCGAUACAAAUUGUGGUAAACUAUGCUGUGAGUUUCCCAGCCAGUCUCCAAGCUGACGCAGAACGCUUCCAUGGUGAGACUGCAGAAACAAUCUCGACAGUAUUCGAGCUCUUGUCUGAAGCUGUAGUAAAUGGCGAUCAGAAACAGCAACAUGCUGCGGCAUGUGCAGAUCUGCUGCGAGGUUCGUACACUGUUGUGAAAAGACUUAUCGAUGUGCACCAAACGGCUAUUUUGAAUCGGUAUCUGGUAGCACUCGGUCCUUAUCUCGUAGAGAUUGUAGGAACAACCAAUGGAUACCCAGAGACAGCUGCAGAGCUUACUAAAUUGGAUGAGGCGGAGAAACUUCUUCGUGUACUAACAACACAGCUAGAUGAUCAGCAUGGCUCCACGUUUGUACAUAUGCUCCUUCCGAGACUUGCAGUAGUACUCAGUCAGCCAACACCGUCUGCCGGUGACAAUAUGAUAUCAAAACAAGUGUCCGGUAUAUUGGCGCGACUACUUCUAUGCUUCGCGCGGACCUAUGCCAACGUGUUCAAGGACACUGUGGCAGCCAUGACCCCUUCGUUACGUGGUGUGCUGGAGACUACGCUACGACUUGCUCUUACCGCCUCCGCUACAGGUACAGAAACAUGCGCGCAGUCAUCACUUCCGCAGAGCGGUAGCCAAACCACUACAAAGCUUGAUUUGAGUCGGUACGCUUAG